UCGGCCGCACCUCCCAUGACAGCGCCCGCUCGAAGAUGGCUGCGAAGGGCGCGCACAGCUCCCACCUGAAGAUGGAGAGCGAGCUGGAGCGCUGCCGCGCCGAGGGCCACUGGGACCGCAUGCCCGAGUUGGUCCGGCACAUGCAGACGCUAGUAGUGCCCGGCGGCGGAAGCGGCCGGCGAGCCAGCCCGAACGCAGUGUUCACCUCCCUGGACACCGAUGACUUUGGGAAGUUGCUCCUGGCCGAGGCCCUCCUGGAGCAGUGUUUGAAGGAGAACCACGCCAAGACAAAAGACUCCAUCCCUUUGCUGGAUAAGAAUGAGCCGAAGAUGAAUGAAGCCAGAAACUACCUGAGCAGUAUCCUUAACCACGGGACGCUGCCGCCGCAGUACCUGUGUGAGGCCAUGCUGAUUCUGGGCAAGCUGCACUACGUGGAGGGCUCGUACCGAGAUGCCAUCAGCAUGUACGCGCGGGCCGGGAUUGAUGACAUGUCCAUGGAGAACAAGCCUCUGUAUCAGAUGCGGCUGCUGGCGGAGGCCUUUGUCAUCAAAGGCCUCUCCCUGGAACACCUACCCAACUCCAUCGCGUCCCGCCACCGCGUGACUGAGAGGGAGGAGGAGGUGAUCGCCUGUUUCGAGAGGGCCUCCUGGAUUGCUCAGGUGUUCCUGCAGGAAUUGGAGAAGAUCACAAGUAACAUCACAUCCCGGCACCUGAAAGGCUCCCACCCAGUGGACUAUGAGCUCACCUACUUCCUGGAAGCCGCCCUCCAGAGCGCUUAUGUGACAAACCUGAAGAAGGGGAACAUCGUAAAAGGCAUGAGAGAGCUCCGGGAGGUCCUGCGCUCUGUGGAGACCAAAGCAACUCAGAACUUCAAAGUGAUGGCGGCCAAGCACCUGGCAGGGGUCCUGCUGCACUCCCUGAGCGAGGAGUGCUACUGGAGCCCCCUGUCCCACCCGCUGCCCGAGUUCAUGAGCAAGGAAGAGAAUUCCUUCAUCACACAGGCCCUGCGGAAACCUCAUCUCUAUGAAGGAGACAACCUCUACUGCCCGAAAGACAACAUCGAGGAAGCCCUCCUGCUGCUGCUCAUCAGCGAGUCCAUGGCUACUCGGGAUGUGGUGCUGAGCCGGGCCCCGGAGCAGGAGGAGGACCGGGCAGUGAGCCUGCGGAACGCCGCGGCCAUCUACGACCUCCUGAGUAUCACGCUGGGCAGGAGGGGGCAGUACGUCAUGCUCUCCGAGUGCCUGGAACGAGCCAUGAAGUUUGCCUUUGGAGAAUUUCAUCUUUGGUACCAGGUGGCCCUCUCCAUGGUAGCUUGUGGGAAGUCAUCCUAUGCUGUGUCGCUGCUGCGGGAAUGUGUGAAGCUGCGGCCCUCUGACCCCACCGUGCCCCUGAUGGCUGCCAAGGUCUGCAUAGGGUCCCUGCACUGGCUGGAGGAGGCAGAGCGCUUUGCCAUGAUUGUCAUCCACCUCGGGGAGGAGGCCGGGGAGUUCCUCUCCAAGGGCUACCUGGCGCUGGGUCUCACCUACAGCCUGCAGGCCUCCGAUGCAACUCUGAAAUCCAAGCAAGACGAAUUGCACCGGAAAGCACUGCAGAUGCUGGAGAGAGCCCAGCAGCUGGCGCCUGGCGACCCCCAGGUCAUCCUCUACGUGUCCCUGCAGCUGGCCCUUGUCCGCCAGAUCUCCAGCGCCAUGGAGCAGCUGCAGGAGGCCCUGAAAGUGUGCAAGGAUGACGCCAACGCCCUUCACCUGCUGGCACUCCUCUUCUCUGCCCAGAAGCACUACCAGCAUGCCCUGGACGUCAUCAACAUGGCCAUCGCCGAGUAUCCAGAGAACUUCAACCUGAUGUUCACCAAAGUGAAGCUGGAGCAGGUACUGAAAGGCCCAGAGGAAGCCCUUGUGACCUGCAGACAGAUGCUGCGGCUGUGGCAGACCCUGUACAGCUUCUCCCAGCUGGGGGGCCUGGAAAAGGAUGGCAGCCUCGGCGACGGCCUCACACUGAAGAAGCAGAGUGGCAUGCACUUGACCCUCCCUGAUGCACACGACGCAGACUCCGGCUCUCGGCGGGCAUCGUCCAUUGCAGCGUCCCGGUUGGAGGAAGCCAUGUCAGAGCUGACCGUGCCCAGCUCGGUCCUGAAGCAGGGCCCCAUGCAGCUGUGGACCACGCUGGAACAGAUCUGGCUCCAGGCUGCCGAGCUGUUCAUUGAGCAGCAACACCUCAAGGAAGCGGGCUUCUGCAUCCAGGAGGCGGCAGGCCUCUUCCCCACCUCGCACUCGGUACUCUACAUGCGGGGCCGGCUGGCCGAGAUGAAGGGCAGCUUGGAGGAGGCCAAGCAGCUGUACAAGGAGGCGCUCACAGUGAACCCCGACGGCGUGCGCAUCAUGCACAGCCUGGGUCUGAUGCUGAGUCGGCUGGGCCAUAAGAGUCUGGCCCAGAAGGUGCUGCGGGACGCCGUGGAGAGGCAGAGCACCUGCCAUGAGGCGUGGCAGGGCCUGGGCGAGGUGCUGCAGGCCGAGGGCCAGAGCGAGGCCGCUGUCGACUGUUUCCUCACUGCCCUCGAGCUGGAGGCCAGCAGCCCAGUGCUGCCCUUCUCCAUCAUCCCCAGAGAGCUCUAAUCCUGCUCGUCAGUGGCUGGGAGGGAGGGAGGGAGCUGCCCAGCGUGGGUGGACAGGCAGGCAGCAAGUAGCGUGGGUCUGGGGAGGUGCAGGGCCUCAGGGAAAUACAUCUCUAGGGAACACUUCUACAGGCUGCAGCCCUAGUUCUCGCCUCCCCCACCCCGCCCCUGCUUCCCUCCAGGGCCAGCUGGGUCUAGGAGCUGCUCAGCUGGAGCUGGGUGGACCAGGUUUGCAUCAAAAACAAAUCCCUUGUUCCUUGGGACUCAGACAAGCAUCAUGGUAUUUGUGAGCAAGGAAGUAGCUGGGAGGCCACGUGGCCUCCCCAGUGUAUCUGUGCCUCAUCUAAAUGUGCAGUAAGGCUCUGAGCCCCUCUCGACCCCCACCCCUCCACCUAGAAGCCCCUGUACUGUACCUGUCACUCUCCCUCAACAUCCCAGACCCUAGAUUUCCUGGCUUUGCACAAGCUUUAGUCUAGAACCUCAGCUCUCUGCUCUCCCAUGAACGGCCCUUGGGCAGGGCCAAGAGGGUUCUCCUGGGUUCCUGCCUCAGCCCCUCAGGAGACAGUCUGCCUGAACCCUAAGUAACUUAGAGUCAUGGUGACUGGACUUGUUCCCCAAGAGCACUGGUGGGGGAGUCUCACAGCUGUUCUUCACCCCCUGCCCCAGGCCUCUGUCUUGGGGAGGCCCCGGGCCCUCGUCUCACACCUUACUCUCAGGUCAGGUCCAGGGCAGUCCUGGCUUGAAGAAUCUGCUGGCAAGUGGGAAGAGAGGGUAGACCUCUGGGUCCUUUCCCAGGUUUGGGGCCACAUGGCCUCCCAGCUAGCAUUGCCCCUCUUUGUGUGUUGAGGCCAGUUGGGCCCCACUCUGGUCUUCCCCUCUGUUGCCAAGUGCCUUUGGGGCCUCUGGUGUCUGGCCAGGGGCACUGAGCUCAGCCCUAAGCUUUCAGUUCUGCCCACCCGCAUCUCCCUGGAGACGUGCCCCACCCAGCAGCCUCCUGCGGCCCUAGGCCUUAGCCCCCAGGACUCAGGAUCCAAGCAUGGCUGCUGGACCAACCCAGCCUUUCUAAUGCUUUGCAUCAACACCUCAUUCCUAGAAACCUUACUUUUCUGGGAAAUGGGUACAAUGCCGAUCCCGCGGGGCGUUAUCAUGUGGAGAUGGGCAGUCUGUAAGAGUGGCCUUCAUACAUCUCACCACCCACAGCCCGUUUUCACCUCAGGCUUUCUUAGGUUACACAAGCACCGACUACCACUCUGGCAAUUGGCUUCCCCCUGUCUGGGGCCAAAUGGGGACUGUGAUUAGAGACCCAAGGAGGAGCGAAGCCUGGCCCCUCUGGUUGGGCAGGCCUUUGUGUACUGACAGCCUUCUCUGCAGGGGUGCUGGGGGGGUGUCUCCCCUGCUGGCUCCCCUAGCCUUGCUGCACGAUGCUUUCAGAAUUCUCCCGAGGAAGUCAGCCCCCACGGGCCUAUCAGGGAAGUCCUUUAUUAUCUGCACUCUGGGUUUUAGUUUUAAAGCUCUAUUUGGUACAUCUCUCAUUUGAAGGUGUGGGGAAAGGUCGGGCGAGGGCUGCCCUGGUUUGUCAGAGCCCCAUUUGUUCCUCGGAGGGGAGGAGCCAUUGGAGUCCCACCUGCUCCCAGCACUGGCUCAGCACUGCACAGCCCCAGUGCCUCCAGCGGGAGCCUGCACCUCCUGGCCUUCCCCUCCUGGCUGAGGGACAUUGCAAGGACAGCAGCUCCUUCACCUCCUGGUUAAAGGAUCCCUAUAUGUGUAUGUGUGUGUAUAAAUAUAUAUAUAAUAGAGAUCUAUUUUUUCUGGAAUUCUAUUAGAAAAAACUAAAUAAGAAAAAGCAAGUGCUGUUGGUUUACCUUGGGAUGGCCAAAGAUGUUAGUAGUCAGUCCUUGGUAAUAGGAAAAGGCAACAAAUGCAUUUUGAUUUGAAAUAUUCCAUAGAGGAAGCCUCUGAAGGUUUCUCACAGCUCGAAACAAAGGUCUUGAAUAAAGAGACCCUUGAAGGGAAAGUAGG